AUGUGUCUAUUCAACCUUUUCUCAAAAAAUAAAGAUCAAGAUGAUGAUCUACCACCACCAAAACCUACAAACGUCGGCAAAAGAACAUCAGAAGCCACAUCAAGAUUGCAAAACAGCAGAUUUUCAAGCGAUGCCAGUGCAAGGGAGGAAGCGGCUGAGAAAGACAAGUUCGCCUAUGGCACCGGAUACAGUCCUGGCAGUGCAUCAUUAGGCGUCGGAGGACCCCACGGUGGUCUCUAUGGCGGUGUGAAUGGGGGCGUUUACUCGGGUGUCAGUGGAGGACCGAAUGGAGGUGUCAAUGGCGGUGUUUAUGGAGGUGUUUCGGGGACUGCGUCUGGUGGUGGGCUUGCACCUGGUGGAAUGGGAACGUCGCCUGGAGGAGGAUAUGGGUAUCUCUGA